AUGGAGGCCAGGAGCCGGAGUGCUGAGGAGCUGAGGAGGGCGGAAUUGGUGGAGAUCAUCGUGGAGACGGAGGCGCAGACCGGGGUCAGCGGCAUCAACGUAGCGGGCGGCGGCAAAGAAGGAAUCUUCGUCCGCGAGCUGCGCGAGGACUCCCCAGCCGCGAGGAGCCUCAGCCUACAGGAAGGUGAUCAGCUGCUUAGCGCCCGCGUGUUUUUUGAGAACUUCAAGUAUGAGGAUGCCUUACGCCUGCUGCAAUGCGCGGAACCCUACAAGGUCUCCUUCUGCCUAAAGCGCACUGUGCCCACCGGGGACCUGGCGCUGCGGCCCGGGACUGUGGCUGGCUACGAGAUCAAGGGCCCUCGGGCCAAGGUGGCCAAGCUGAACAUCCAGAGUCUGUCCCCUGUGAAGAAGAAGAAGGUGGUGGUGCCCGGGGCCCUGGGGGCCCCUGACCUGGCCCCUGUUGACGUCGAAUUCUCCUUCCCUAAGUUCUCUCGGCUGCGUCGGGGCCUUAAAGUCGAUGCCGUCAAGGGUCCUGUCCCAGCUGUCCCAGCCCGCCGGCGCCUCCAGCUGCCCCGGCUUCGGGUACGAGAAGUGGCUGAGGAGACUCAGGCAGCCCGCCUGGCCGCUGCCGCUCCUCCCCACAGAAAGGCCAAGGCGGAAGCUGAGGUGGCAGCGGGAGCCGGCUUCACAGCCCCCCAGGUGGAGCUGGUUGGGCCCCGGCUUCCAGGUGUGGAGGUGGGUGUCCCCCAGAUCUCAGCCCCCAAGGGGCCAGGGGAGGUGGCCCCCUCAGCGGAGGCAGCCAGUGGCUUUGCCCUUCACCUGCCAACCCUUGAGCUGGCAGCCCCGACUGCACCUGCUCUGGAGCCCAUGGCCAUGGGGAUCCAGGUCCCCCAAGUGGAGCUGCCCUCCUUGCCUUCACUACCUCCUCUGCCUACACUUCCCUGUUCGGAGACCCGGGAAGGUGCUGUGGCACUGACGGUGCCCACCCUGGACGUGACAGCGCCUACCGUGGGGGUGGACCUGGCCUUGCCGGGCUCAGAAGUGGAGGCCCCGGGAGAGGCACCUGAGGUGGCCCUGAAGAUGCCCCGCCUCAGUUUCCCCCGCUUUGGGGCUCGGGCAAAGGAAGCUGCUGAGGGCAAGGUGGCCAAGGGCAGCCCUGAGGUCAAGGUGAAGGGGCCCAGACUUCGAAUGCCCACCUUUGGGCUUUCUCUCCUGGAGCCCCGGCCUGCCCCCCCUGAAGCCGUAGUGGAGAGCAAGCUGAAGCUGCCCACCAUCAAGAUGCCCUCCUUUGGCAUCGGGGUAUCAGGGCCUGAGGUCAAGGUGCCCAAGGGUCCUGAGGUGAAGCUCCCCAAGGCCCCUGACAUCAAGCUCCCGAAAGUGCCCGAGGCGGCCCUGCCCGGUGUGCGACUCCCGCAGGUGCAGCUCCCAAAAGUGUCGGAGAUAAAAAUCCCAGAGGUGAAACUCCCCAAGGUGCCGGAGAUGACUGUGCCCGACGUGCAGCUUCCAGAGGUGCAGCUGCCGAAAGUCCCCGAGAUGAAGGUCCCCGAGGUGAAGCUCCCCGAGGUGAAGCUCCCGAAAGUGCCUGAAAUGGCCGUGCCUGAUGUGCGCCUCCCGGAAGUGCAGCUCCGGAAGGUUCCCGAAGUGAAGCUCCCGGAGGUGCCUGAGAUGGCUGUGCCCGAGGUGCACCCCCCAGAAGUACAGCUGCCUAAGGUUCCCGAAGUGAAGCUCCCCGAAGUGAAGCUUCCGAAGGUGCCCGAGAUGGCCGUGCCCGACGUGCGCCUCCCGGAAGUGCAGCUCCCGAAAAUUCCGGAAAUGAAGCUCCCCGAGGUGCGCCUCCCGGAAGUGCAGCUCCCGAAGGUUCCGGAAGUGAAGCUCCCGAAGGUGCCCGAGAUGGUAGUGCCCGACGUGCGCCUCCCGGAAGUGCAGCUCCCGAAGGUUCCUGAAGUGAAGCUCCCCGAGGUGAAGCUCCCGAAGGUGCCCGAGAUGGUCGUGCCCGAGGUGCGCCUUCCGGAAGUGCAGCUCCCGAAGGUUCCCGAAGUGAAGCUCCCCGAGGUGAAGCUCCCGAAGGUGCCCGAGGUGGCCGUGCCCGACGUGCGCCUUCCAGAGGUGCAGCUGCCAGAAAUGCCCAAAGUCCCGGAUGUGUGUCUUCCGAAGGCUCCGGAGGUGAAGCUGCCCAAGGCUCCAGAGGUACAGCUUAAAGGUGCGGGGGCCGAGCAGGCUGAAUUUGGCCUCAAGAUGCCCAAGAUGACCAUGCCCAAGCUGGGGAGGCCAGGGUCCCCGCCACGAGGCAAGCCAGGCGAGGCAGGCACUGAGGUCUCGGGGAAGCUGGUGACGCUUCCCUGUCUGCAGCCGGAGGUGGGCGGUGAGGCUCGUGUGGUCGCCCCCUCCCUCACACUGCCGUCGGUGGAGCUGGGCCUGCCGGGGGCGCUCAGCUUGGAGAGCCAGGUCCAAGCAGGCGCAUUGCACAAGGUGGAGCAGGCAGAGGGCCCGGGGAUGGCAGCAAGGGUGGGGGAAGCAGGCUUCCGGGUGCCCUCUGUUGAGCUUGUCGCUCCACAGCUGCCCACAGUGGAGGUUGAGGAAGGGCGGCUGGAGGCGAUGGAGAUGAAAGUCAAGCCCUCUUCCAAGUUCUCCCUGCCCAAGUUUGGACUCUCAGGGCCAAAGGUGGCCAAGGCGGAGGCUGAGGGGGCUGGGCGAGCCACCAAGCUGAAGGUGUCCAAGUUUGCCAUCUCACUCCCCAAGGCUCGGGCAGGAACGGAGGCCGAGGCCAAAGGGGCAGGGGACGCGGGCCUGCUGCCUGCGCUCGAUCUUUCCAUCCCGCAGCUUGGUGUGGACGCCUGUCUGCCCACAGGCAAGGUAGGGGUGGCAGGGGCUGACGUCAAGCUCAAGGGCUCCAGGUUCCCCCUGCCCAAGUUUGGGGUCAGAGGCCGGGACACUGAGGCUGGAGAACUAGUGCCGGGGUCGGCCGAGCUGGAGGCCAAGAGCUGGGGCUGGGAUGGGAAGGUGAAGAUGCCCAAGCUGAAAAUGCCCUCCUUUGGGUUGGCUCGGGGGAAGGAAGCGGAAGGUCAGGGUGAGCGUGCCAGCUUGGGGGAAAAGCCAGAGUGCACGGGCAGGCAGCUUAAGCUCCCUGAGGUGGAGCUGGUCACACCGGGGGCCGAGGAGGGAGAGCGGGUAGAGGGAGCAGUGGCUGUUAGCGGGGUGCGGCCGUCAGGCCUGCAGGUCUCCACGAGCAGGCAGGUGGGCACUGAGCACCAGGAGGGGGUGCUGAGAAUGCCCCCCCUGGGCAUCUCUCUGCCCCAGGUGGAGCUGACCGGCUUUGGGGAGGUGGGGCUGGGUGCCACCGUAGGGCAGCAGGCCAAGGGUGCAGCCCCUUCAGCAGAGGGGACAGCAGGCUACAGGGUCCAGGUGCCUGAAGUGACUUUGUCCCUGCCCGGAACCCAGGUGGCCGGUGGUGAGCUGUUGGUGGGCGAGGGCGUCUUUAAGAUGCCUGCUGUGACCGUGCCCCAGCUUGAGCUGGACGUGGGGCUGAGCCGAGAGGCACAGGUGGGCAAAGCAGCCACAGGGGAGGGUGGGCUGAGGCUGAAGAUGACCACGCUGGGGGCAGGAGCUGGGGCGGGGCCAGAGGGGAGGGAGGAGCAGUCCGCAGGGGUGGAGCAUGCUUUCCGCCUCUCGCUGCCUGAGGUGGAGCUCUCGCCACCCACUGUGGGCAGCCACACCGAGUAUCAGGUGGCCGAAGGUGAGGGGGAUGCCGGGCACAAGCUCAAGGUGCGGCUGCCCCGGUUUGGCUUGCGAGCCAAGGAGGGGGGCGAGGAGGGCGAGAAGGUCAAAAGCCCGAAACUCAGGCUGCCCCGCGUGGGCUUCAGCCAGGGUGAGGCGGCCAGUGGGGAGGGCUCCCCCAGCCCCGAGGAGGAGGAAGAGGAGGGCAGCAGGGAAGGAGCCUCAGGCCGUCGAGGCCGUGUCCGUGUCCGCCUGCCCCGUGUGGCCCUGGCUGCCCCUUCCAAGGUCUCCAGGGGGCAGGAGGGCGAGGCAGUCCCCAAAUCCCCUGGUGGGGAGAAGUCUCCCAAGUUCCGCUUCCCCAGGGUGUCUCUAAGCCCCAAGGCCCGGAGUGGGGACCAGGAGGAGGGUGGGUUCAGGGUCCGGCUGCCCAGUGUGGGGUUUUCAGAGACAGGGGCUCCAGGUCCCACCCGCAUGGAGGGGGCUCAGGCUGCCGUUAUCUGA